GGAGUUCUUAAGCGGCGAAGGCGGCGGCAGAGGCGGCGGCGGCGCACCCGAGCCGGUCUCGGGAGGCGGCGGUGACUGCCGCGAGGGGUGGCGGGGCCGAAGUAGGUGCCCCUGGCUCAGUCACGGUGUCCCUCUCUCACUGACUCCCCCUCCUUCCACCACGGCCGCGCCGCCCCAGAUCCGGCGGUUUCCUAGGCGGGGCAGCGGACGGGGCGCCUCUCCUCCGGCUGCCGCCGGCCUGAUAAAUGAGGGACUUAGGAUUUGGGGUGCUGCAGACCGCCCCUCUCCGAAGCAGCAGCCCCAGGUCCCUAUUCGGCAGCGGGGCGUACCGUCCCUACGCCACGGGGCCCACCGCGGCCGCCGCCCCGCUGCCCUCCACCACGCCCUUCGGCCCGCUCUCGCCGCCGCCGUUGCCUGUCACCGGCUUCUCGGAGGCCGCCUCCCCCUUCUCUAUCCCCCUCGGCUGCGGCGGCGCGGGCAGCUCUGCUGCCGCCGCUUCCUCUUCCUCCCCGUUCUUGGCGCAUCAGCAGACCAUGCAGGAUGAGCUGCUGCUGGGGCUGACACAGCAGCCGGCGCGGCCGCUCUCGGGGGCGGCGGCCGCGGAGAAACUCCCCAACCACCACCCCGGCGGCGGCACGAACGCGGGUGUGACCCACCUCCUCCCCUCCCAGGACUUCAAACCGAGUCUGCACCACCCCUCCUCCUCCUCCGCCUCCUCCUGCUGCUGCUGCCGCACCUCCUCCCCGCAGGACUUCAGUAAGCGGCAGCAGCAGCAGCUGAGCAGCCAGAAGAGGAAAGAGUUCAGCCCUCCCCACCUUCCCCACCCUCCGGACUCGAAGCCGCCGCCGCCGCCGCCGCUCCACUGCCCCGGCCGGUUCAGCCCGCCGCCGCCCGGCCCGCUCCUCCAGCCGGCGCAGCUCGCCCAGCGCCAGCAGCCACAGCAGCCGCCGCAGCAGCAGCAGUUCAGCGUACCGCACCCGCAGCACCUCCCGCCGCAGGACUUCGCCCCGCGGCAGCGCCCGGCCGACCUGCCCCCGCUCCCGCAGCUCCAGCCCUCGCCGCCCGCAGCCCCGCGGCGCCGCCACGGAGGCGCGGGCAGCCCUCGCAAGACCCCGGCCGCGGGCGAGGGCAGCGCCGCCGAGCCCCCCAAUGCGGGCUUGGCCCCCUCGACGCCGCCGGUGAACCCCGCGCCGGGCUCCAUGGAGUCCCCCAACCACCCUCUGCUCAACAGUCCCAGUAACCUCCUGCCCGGCGGGGCGCUCGGCGCGGGCGCCUUCAGCAGCCUGCAGAGCCCGGACCUUCCGCACCCGGGCGGCGGCGGGGGCGGGGGGCCCCCGGGAGGCGGAGGGGGAGGCGGCUCCGCGUCGCCGCCGCCACUGCCCGGCUUCGGCACCCCCUGGUCGGUGCAGACCGCGUCGCCGCCGCCCCAGCCCCAGCCCCAGCCGCCGCCACCGCCCCAGCAGCAGCAGCCGCCUCCGCCCCAGCAGCCGCCGCAGCCGCAGCCGCAGCAGCCCGGCUCCUCGGCCGCCACCCCGGGUGGCGGCGGCGGCGGCGGCGGCGGCGGCGGCUCGCUCAGCGCCAUGCCGCCGCCCAGCCCCGAUUCAGAGAACGGCUUCUACCCCGGGCUGCCGUCGUCCAUGAACCCGGCCUUCUUCCCGAGCUUCUCGCCCGUGUCCCCGCACGGCUGCGCGGGACUCAGCGUGCCGGCGAGCGGCGGCGGCGGCGGCGGCGGCGGCUUCGGCGGCCCCUUCUCGGCGGCCGCGGUGCCCCCGCCGCCGCCGCCCGCCAUGAAUUUACCUCAGCAGCAGCCCCCGCCGCCCGCGGCGCCGCAGCAGCCGCAGAGCCGGAGGUCGCCCGUCAGCCCGCAGCUCCAGCAGCAGCACCAGGCGGCGGCCGCCGCCUUCUUGCAGCAGAGGAACUCCUACAACCACCACCAGCCUCUUCUGAAACAAUCUCCUUGGAGCAACCAUCAGAGCAGUGGCUGGGGUACUGGAAGCGUGUCGUGGGGAGCAAUGCACGGCAGAGACCAUCGUAGAACUGGAAACAUGGGGAUUCCAGGAACUAUGAAUCAGAUAUCUCCAUUGAAGAAACCAUUUUCUGGUAAUGUCAUAGCACCACCGAAAUUUACUCGCUCUACUCCAUCACUGACUCCAAAAUCUUGGAUUGAAGAUAACGUGUUCAGAACCGACAACAAUAGUAAUACACUCUUACCCUUACAGGUGAGAUCUAGUUUGCAGUUACCAGCUUGGGGCUCAGAUUCACUCCAAGAUAGUUGGUGCACUGCAGCCGGAACAUCCAGAAUAGACCAGGAUCGAAGUAGAAUGUAUGACAGUUUGAAUAUGCACUCUUUGGAAAAUUCCCUUAUUGAUAUUAUGAGAGCAGAGCAUGAUCCUCUUAAGGGUCGACUGAGCUAUCCACAUCCAGGAACUGAUAAUCUGUUGAUGUUAAAUGCAAGGAGUUAUGGGCGAAGACGAGGUCGUUCUUCCCUCUUUCCAAUAGAUGAUGGUCUGCUUGAUGAUGGCCAUAAUGAUCAAGUUGGGGUUUUAAAUUCUCCCACAUGCUAUUCUGCUCAUCAAAAUGGAGAACGAAUAGAACGCUUCUCUCGAAAAGUUUUUGUUGGUGGUCUUCCUCCAGAUAUUGAUGAAGAUGAAAUAACUGCCAGCUUCAGAAGAUUUGGGCCUUUGGUAGUAGAUUGGCCUCAUAAAGCAGAAAGCAAGUCCUAUUUUCCACCAAAAGAUGUGCAUGGCCUGCUCGAUGACUUCUUCAUAAUGGAACCAGAUUACAGUUCUCCAGGCUAUGCAUUCCUUCUCUUUCAAGAAGAGAGCUCAGUUCAGGCACUAAUUGAUGCUUGUAUUGAAGAGGAUGGAAAACUCUAUCUCUGUGUUUCCAGCCCCACCAUCAAGGACAAACCAGUUCAGAUCCGCCCUUGGAAUUUAAGUGACAGUGAUUUUGUGAUGGAUGGUUCUCAGCCUUUGGAUCCUCGAAAAACAAUUUUUGUUGGAGGUGUUCCUAGGCCAUUAAGGGCUGUGGAACUUGCUAUGAUCAUGGACCGGCUGUAUGGUGGAGUUUGUUAUGCAGGAAUCGAUACAGAUCCUGAGCUAAAAUACCCAAAAGGUGCUGGUCGAGUUGCUUUCUCCAAUCAGCAGAGCUAUAUUGCUGCCAUCAGUGCUCGGUUCGUUCAACUUCAGCAUGGGGAUAUUGAUAAACGCGUGGAGGUGAAGCCAUAUGUGCUAGAUGACCAGAUGUGUGAUGAAUGCCAGGGCGCGCGCUGUGGUGGAAAAUUUGCUCCCUUUUUCUGUGCCAAUGUCACUUGCCUGCAGUAUUACUGUGAGUUUUGUUGGGCAAAUAUCCACUCUCGCGCAGGACGUGAGUUCCAUAAGCCAUUGGUAAAGGAAGGUGCUGAUCGCCCACGUCAGAUCCACUUCCGCUGGAACUGAGACUAGCACACCGGCCUCCGUGUGACACGGAAAGAAAGGGUGCAUGUGGCUUACUGUGUCUGAAGACGCGACACGCGGAAGAAAUAAGUGCAUUCUUCUGCUUUCCCCCCAGCUACCAGUACAUGCAUCUUUAUCAGCAGCCAAAACACUACAAGCCUCUUGUUUUUCACCAAAACCCUACAUCUCAGGCUUACUAAUUUUUGUGAUAUUUUCAUGUUAAAAUAAAAUGUUUUUUUGUAUUUUCUCCAAGUUAUUUUUAUAUGUAAAGUUAAAAUUAGAUAUGAGAAUGUUUUGCGUAGGGGCAAACAGUCUGCUGCUAUAUAGUGGGUGAAGCGUGCACUUAUUUCUAAACGUGGGUUUUUAACUUCAAGAUCUGCCCCAGUAAUUUACCAAAGGUAGCAAAAUAAUAGUGGAGAUGGAAUAUGUCUGCUACAAAUGCUUAUUUUUAUUGUUGCUAUUUUCAGUGUAUACAUAAACUAAAAAUUAGGGUUGGUUUUUUUGCUCUCCAUUUUGACUUGCAAGAAAUAAUACCUCAAGAUAAUCUGAUUUAUUAGCUAUUUUUAAACAUUUUUAAUCACAAGCUGUAUUAGCUUUGCUGCUAUAUAGGUGUUAUGUGUAAAUGCCACCUAUUAAUACGGGAUUGAAAACGUUAGAGACACUGCAUUGCAGAUAAAAUGCAGGCAGCACAAUAUGGCCUAAACUGCCAUAGUUUUAGAAUGUGAAGAAAAAAAAAAAUGCAUGUUUACUUACCUGUAUACACCUUAUGCAUGCACUAGAGUUAUUAACUAACAAGAGGUGAGGUAUUGCAAAUGUUCAAAAAAGCUCUCUUGAAUCUAGGUAGCAUGAACAAAUUAUAAAAUUUGUUUAAAAAAAGCAAACUUGCAUGCAUUAUUGUGACUUCAAGUUAAAAAAAUUGUCCUACAUGUGUACAAUAUGCAAAUUAGUUUUAGAUUAGAGAGUGCAGCCAUUUUGUGAUCUGGUCGGUAGUGGAAUUCGAUUUUAUGCAGACUGGAUGUAAUAUUUGUAAUCCCUGUGCAAUUUUGUGAUGUGCGGUUCUAAUUCAUGUGCAGUGAUAAUAGUAUAGGUAAAAGAUUGAGAGAAGAAAAAUACUAGAAUUUUAAAGAAGGUUGAUUUUAGCCCCUUUGAUAGUUCAUGGUUAAGACAUCCUUUAUAAACCAAAGAUGGCCAGCACACUGCUAACCAGUCACCAAAUGUAAGACCCACAGGAAGCCCAUAUUAAACAAAUGAACUUUAUAGAAGAGUGCAAAACUUUAGUAAACCUAAGUAAAGUCAAAAUGGAGAUGGGGAAAUAUACAGAUGGCUAGUUGCAUAAAAUUUAAUUUUACCUUAAAGACGAUGGUGAAAUCUGGCUUAAACUUGCUUACACGUUUGACCUAUGUAUAUUGGGGUCUUCUGUCUAAACUGGGGUCACUGUUGCAUGGAACAUUGUUGUUCUUAAUGGUUAAGAAUUGCUUUUUUUUAGAUUUUGAUGAAGGAAUUUUGGUAAUGACUUUGCUUGCAGUUUUUUGGUUUUUUUUUUUUUUUGAGAAAGUGGGCAUGGAA